CAAAUGUAAUUUCGCAUUCUCAACAACAUGAAAGACUUUUGGAAAAAGCUCGUUUGCAUGAAACCAAACCAGAAGAAAGAUUAUUACAUGGCACUAAUGUAUGGAACCUCUUGGUUAUAGAUAAUAUAGACUUUUUUGAGCAAACUUUUAUGUACGGAAAUAUCUAUGAAACAACUCGUAAAACAGCAUAUAUGACUUUGAGAAUGGUAUUCCAAUUUGUAUUACCAGAGCCUAUUAAACAUUGCAAUCCAAAUAAUGAUAGUAACUCUUCUGAAAAUAACCAAUCUUUAUUUG